UACAGGCACAAAACCUUACUCAAUUAAAGCAGCCAGUGACAUGUUCAACCAAAUGUGGAGUGGAAAUAAUACCUCGGAUUUUGAUGAUUUCGCUCUCUUGGACUCGAUUCAACAGUAUCUUCUUGAUGAUAAUAAUUUCGAAACACUAACAAGUAUCCCACCGGUUAAUUCAUGCGACGAAUCAAGCUUUUCUAGUCUCCUCUUCACUGAUACCUGCAGUGAUUUUCCAAUCAAGGUAAACGAUUCAGGUGACAUGAGCAUUUUCAGUUCACUAUCUGAUGAAAGGAGCAUUAUUGGAUGGAGUCAAUUAAAUCAAUUUGAUUCGACGGCCACGGAAACAACAACGACAACGACCAUCAAACGGGAGGAUCUUGAUGCAGUUGCUAGUCCGGAGGGUGUGGCCACUACUCCAAAAGUUGUGGCUGCGCGUAAGAAUAACGGAGAGUGUAAAGGAUGGCAGUACAAAGGUGUGAGGAGAAGGCCAUGGGGGAAGUAUGCGGCGGAGAUAAGAGACCCGAAGAAAAAUGGUGCUAGAGUUUGGCUUGGAACUUACGAGACACCUGAGGAUGCGGCUCUGGCAUACGACCAAGCAGCUUUUCAGCUACGCGGCUCAAAAGCUAAGCUAAAUUUUCCUCACCUCAUCGGCUCUAGUGAUUACCGGGCUCCAGUGAGAGUAAGCCCCAAGCGGCGAUCACCGGAUCCCACCACAAUGUUGGAGGGUAGCUCGCCUAAGCGGGCAAAAUGAGGGACUAAAAUAUAUAUCUGUGGACUGUAUAUCCUAUGAGAAAUUGCUUCUACUAUUUUUGAUUUUAUGUGUUCAUUCCAUUGUCAGCGAAAUAGACCCAACCCUGGCACCGGAAAAUCUAUUCAAUAGUCGCCGGCGAGAUUUGAGGUCAUUUAGUUUUCUUCAACUGCUUCAUCCUGAUUAAUAAAGUCGCAACUUUCUUACGGCAAAGAAAUCUCCAACUAGUACUUUUGGCAAAGUACUAGUUGAAUUUUCUUGUAAUAAUUAAUUAUCCAACGAGUUUUCUUUUAAUUUAAUAAAUACUAAAAAUUUAUUAUUCUUGAA